AAAUAAGGUAGGUAUAUACUCCUUAUCUGACGCCGAUGGAGAUAGAGAAAAAGCGGUAACGACGCUUUAGUUCGCGCCCAGAUACGCACACGCAUCGAAUCUUCUUCGCUCAUUCACGAACGACAAGUGACCGAUACCACACAGUGGUACUGGGUGCUCCCGAAACUGAACUAUCCGCAAUUUUCAACCAACAAAAUGAAAUCGAUACUCAUUCUGCUCGGCAUCGCGUGCAUCUACAUCUCCCCGUCGGCCUCCACGACCUGCGUAACAUCCACCGAGGAGUGCCACUCCACCAACUACCAAACCUACGUGGAGUGCGUCCGCAAACGGCACAAACGCUCCACCGACUGCGACGGCGACUGCGAAUCCAGCGACUGCAGCGACACGUGCAACCGCUGCGACUGCGACUCCUGCAACUACAGCAGCUGCCGCAGCUCGUGCAGCUCGUGCUGCGACUCGUGCUGCACCAACUACGUGCCCUGCCGCACGCACCACUGCUGCCACAAGACCUGCCACGCGCAGUGCUCCACCUCGUCGUGCCGCAGCAGCUGCCGCAGGAACUGCUUCGAAACGGUCAAGGAGAAGACGGCGGUCGUGGUUGAAAGCCCCAGCGCGAAUAUAACCAACAUCAACAGGCACAACGUCACCACCAUCAUACACUUGAACAACGUCAUCAACAACACGAACGUCAUCGAUGUGCCUAUUGUUGUUAACAACACGAACAAACAUAAUAUAACGUUGGAAGCGGGCGACGUGAGAACCAGCGAAGGGCUCACCGAGAGAUGUUGCACCGUUAUCAGUCCGAGGAAGUGCGUUUCGACGCCCGAGCCUCGGUGCUUCCAUUACAGAUCGAGGCAGUGCGGUCCCUUCUGCACCGCGAACAUUGUCCACGAGGAGGACCAGCAGCUGUGCGAGUCGUACUAUCCGGGAGCGCCGCCCAAGUGCACCAGGCAGGUCAUUUACAUACCGCAGCCGCAGCCCAAGUGCUCCUACCAAUCCGUCUGGCCCUACGUCUCCUGCGGUAUACAAAAGGAGCAAACCUGCCAAGGUUGCUACUCGCAUUACGUCAAUCCGGGGUCUACCAACUACUUGGGCUGCCCGUCGCAAUGUUACGAUGAUGGAUUCGGAAUGGGUUCCAUGUACAGACAAGGCCCUGUUUACAGACCGUGGUACUCUCACACUCCUUGCUACGAGUGUCUCGGUUACCAGAACCCCUACGGGGCAUCCUACCAGGGCUACCCGUUGUACCUGGGGGGCUACUUACCACAGCAGUACGCGGGUUACCAGCCGAUCGAGCAGAACGGUAGCAUUCCGGUUUUGAAUAUGGAUGGAGGUUAUCUGUCGCUGGGCCAGAUGGGCGGCGUGGAAAUCCAGCCCGGACAGGAAAUAGAGACGUUCCAGCAGCCGAGCAGCUUCGACGGCAGGAUGGCCAGAGAAGUGGAGAUCGAGGUUAAGUACCAGCCCAGGUCCGACGCUCAGGCGGAGGUCAAGAUUAAGAAGGAGGAUUCUGCUGCUCCGGAGAGCGGUAAAAGUAGCAGCGGGGAUGCGAAGGAGCGCGCGAACGAUGUAAAGGGAAAGAAGGCUUGAAUUUUUUGCUGAUUAAUGGCGAUUUUUGAUGGUAGGUUCAAAAAUCGUUUCUUGUGUAAUUUAUGUUACAUUUUGUUAAAGAACCAUAGGUUUCUGUAUUUUUUUUAUAUGUUAUAAUGUACCACAAUUUGUUUUUUACAGUUCAAUAUGUGUAUAGG